AUGAACCAGAGGUGCUUCAUAAUUCAGAAGGGUGGAGUGCUAGGCUUCUCAGGGUGUGUGGAACAUACCAGUGCCAUCAGCCAGCUCAUUAGAGAAGCAAAGGUGAACAAAUCAGACCUGACUGUAGUAUGGCUAGACCUUGCAAACGCCUACGGAUCUAUUCCACAUAAGCUCAUCGAAUCAGCCUUCCAGUACUACCAUAUCCAUGAACACAUCAAAGGGAUGAUCAAUGCGUACUUCAGUGGAAUGAAACUGCACUUCAUGGUUGGCGAGAAGAUGACAGCUUGGCAGAGACUGGAGAAGGGAAUAGUGACCGGGUGUACCAUCUCAGUUGUCCUGUUUGUGAUGGGCAUGAACCUCAUAAUCAACCCUGCAAACAAAGAAACCCGCGGGCCUAAGACAUCUACAGGGUUACACCUGCCAACAAACAGAGGCUUCAUGGACGAUCUGACAGUGACAACACAGACACACAUACAACCAAGAUGGGUACUGAAGGUAUUGGAGAAGGCAGCCACCUGGGAUAGAAUGAAUUUCAAACCCAAGAAGUCCAGAAGUCUGGUUAUCAAGCGCGGAUCAGUCACAAAACGAUUCACCCUACAAGUCCAAGGAGAAGACAUACCAUCAAUUAUGGACAGUCCCAUAAAGUGCCUGGGCAAGUGGUUUGAUUCGAGCCUUAGUGACAAAGCAAACGUAGAGCGCAUCAGAUCACAGCUCCAGGAAGGGCUGAAACAAAUCGACAAAUCCGCUUUACCAGGAAAAUUCAAGGCAUGGCUCUUCCAGAAUGCACUUCUCCCCAGACUGAUGUGGCCCCUCUUGCUAUAUGAAAUACCUACAUCCUCUGUCGAAUGCUUGGAGAGAAAGAUCAGCAGACACCUGCGCCGAUGGCUGGGAAUACCACCAAGCUUUACCAGCAUCGGAUUGUAUGGGCGAUCGAACCAGCUACAACUCCCGCUAUCAUCACUAGUGGAGGAGUUCAAAGUUGCAAAGACACGACUGGUAGUGACGCUCAAGCAAUCACAGGACAGUGCAAUCCGAAAUGCUGGGAUUGAAACUAGGACAGGGAGAAAGUGGUCAGCAAGCCAAGCAGUCGAACAGGCCGAGAAAAGACUCCAGCAAAAAGACAUUGUCGGCAUCACAGCUGUAGGCAGACAGGGGCUAGGCAGCUCCAAGAUAACAUUAUGGAGCUCUGCUGGAAACAUGGAAAGGAGGAGAAUGGUGCAAGAUGAAGUCAGAGCAGCAGAAGAAGAAGACAGAGGAGCGAAAGCUGUGGCUAUGGGUGGCACCAGGGCCCUCACCCAAGGACGCUACAGGUGGAGACACGACAGUGUUCUUCAGGAACUCGCUGACAAGUUGGAGCGCGAGAGGACCAAGAAGAGGCCCAGACAGAAACCCCAAAUGAUUCAGUUCGUGAAGGAAGGACAAAAGGCGCCUAAAAAACUGCAGCCUACCAGUUCUGUAUUAGAUGAAUCUGAUCAGUGGAAAAUGUCUGUUGACCUGAAGCAAAAGCUAGUGUUCCCGAACAUUAUCCAGACAACAUUAAGGCCUGACAUUGUGUUGUGGUCCACUAAAGAUAAGUGUCUGAUCAUGAGGAUUCCCAGCACAGUCGCUGUGGAGAAUGUUCAGUGCCUUGGGCAUCAAAGGAGCAGACAGGAAGAGAGCAGUGGGCAAACUGAGUCUAGCAGCAGAAAGGGCAUCCAGUUGGUUGUGGAUGAAGAGAGAAGAGAGGAGCUCAAAGCCUACCACCAACACGUAGUGUCUGAUCAACACUGCGGGCCCGCCGCCUGGAGAGUGUCCUGUGAUUAA